AUGACAGAUUAUUGGAUAAGCUCAAAAAAACAUUACUGUGAAACUUGUAAUUGCUGGAUAUCUGGACAUAAAGUAAAUAUAAAAAAUCAUGAAAAAAGUUUUAGACAUUUAGAAAAUUUUAAAAGAUUAAUUAAUGAAUCAUUUAAAAGAAAAGAAAAAGAAACUAAAGAGAAAAAAUUCAUUGAAGAAGAGUUAAGAAAACUAGAUAAUGUUGAAAAAAAUUAUCUUUCAGUUUUAAAAAAAAAUGAUAAAUUAACUCAAUUAGAUAAUUCCAUUGAUUUAAAUACAGUUAACUCUAGUAAUAAAGAUUAUCAAAAAUGGAUAUUAAUGAUACAUGAAGAUACAGGUUCUUUAGUUUUUUUUGAUAAAAUAAACAAUCAAUUAACUUAUGAAAAGCCAAAAGAUUUUUUUGAGAAAUUACCUGACUAUCAAACAUUUUCUGAGCAGAAUGGAUGGUUUAAAUAUUUUGAUUAUAAUUUUAAUAAUUUCUAUUAUUAUAAUAUUAAUAAUUCUGAAGUUAUAUGGCAAUAUUCUGUGAGCACCAUAAAUAACUUCAUUAACCUUAUAAAAAAAUAUGAAUGUUAUGAUAGAGAUAAAAAAUUAAAUAACACUAGAGAAAAUAUAAAACAAAAUAUUACAUCUGAUUAUUUAUGUAAUCAAAUAAAUUUAAAUAACAACAGUUAUUAUAAUCCUUAUCCUGUAAAUUUUAAUCAAAACAGUCAUUUCAUUUAUAAUAAUUUCAAUUUAUUAAACAUACAAGAAAAAAUUAAUUCACAAAAAAAUGAUAAUAUAGAAAUGACAGAAAAUAAAAAAGAAAAGGAAAAAAUACAUAUGAUUAUAAAUUCCUAUAAUAACAGUAAUAAUAACGAUUUGAAAAAUUUAGAUAAUACUUCUAAUAAUAAUGAUAUUAAUAAUUCUAGAAGAAGAAACAAUGAUUUUUUAUCUAACUCUUUUGAUAAGACUGAUGAGAAUAUUAGCAAAAUGAAAAAUAAAAUAGAUGAAAAAAUUGAAAAGAGUAAAACGGAGAUAGAAAAUGAGAAAUGUUAUAAUUUGAACCAAAUAAGUAUAACAAACAAAAAAAAUAAAAUGGAUGACAAAAUGUUAAUUGAUGAAAAACAAAUAGAAAGUAAUGCAGAUGUAGAAAAGAAAAAAAAAAUGAUUGAAAUUAAUUUUUCUUCCAAAAAAAAAAAUAACAUAUUUUCAAGCACAUAUGAUAAAAAGGAAAAAAUAGAAGAUAAAAAAAAAAAUGAAAAAAUUACAGAUUUUGAAAAUCAACAUGGAAAAAGUGAUAAAUGUAAAAAAAAUGAAUGUGAUGAAACUUCAAAACCAGGUGAAUGGCAAAAAGUUCAAAGUAAUGAGAUAAAUACAAUUUCGAAUGAAUGUAUUGAGGAUAUUUUUUAUAAUAUAAAAUCCACUGAAGAAAUAGAAGAAGAAAAUAUUGCACAUCUUCAAGAAAAUAUUCGUUAUGAAUAUUCUACAUGUAAUGAAUUUUAUGUUAAAAAAAAAGAAUUAGAAAAUGAAGAUUUAUAUUUAAAUCAAGAAUUUAGAUUUAUUAAUAAGCCAAUAUAUAAAAAAAAUAUUAAUAAAAAUCCUAAUAAAAAAGUAGAAUUUGCUAAAAGAAAUAUUAAAAUAACAAAAAAUAAAAAAGGAAUUUUAAAAUAA